AAAAGACAUAGAUAAACACUUUUUGAUUUACUCUUUAAUUAAUAUCACACUUCUUCUAGUUGGUGCUUUGAUUUGGAAAGGAAAACGAGAAACGGCAAGGAACUCGGAGAUUAUUUAUUUCUUUUAUAUAUGUGAAGCAGAGAUGGUGGCAGCUCUGGCUCCUCAAAGCUGAUCACAUGACCAAGGAUAACAAACAAAAACCCUAAUUUUUGUUGUGGGAAGCUCAUGUUGUUGUGCAUGUAAUUUAAUCGAUGAACAGCCGUAGGAUCGAAGGAAUAUCAUCGAUCAUCAACGCGGGGGCGGUGUAGAUGCUUGUCUCCGGAGUAUCGUGGGAUCUGAAUUGGUUCCUGCAAUUAAUAUUCUCGGCUUUUGUCGUAGCUGUUGGAUUGCAUACAUUGGUCAAGAAGACGGCCUCGAAGUACUUUGAGGUCGACGCCAAUUUCGAGGGGGAGCGACCCACUGAUCCAAUUCCAAUGCCGGGCACUCUCAAGGACGAUCCUGUUUGUGUUGUCUGCGGCAACUCUGGCACUAAAAAGUGCUCGCGCUGUAAAGCCGUAAGAUACUGCUCACAGACAUGCCAACAGUCACACUGGAACUCUGGGCAUAAGUCGAAAUGCAAGGAUGUUCAUUUAUCCAGUGGAAAUAAUUCGACUCAAGCUGGCGCAACUAAUCGUAGGUCUAAAGCGUCUGCGGCUGGGGGUAAAAAUUUAUCUUCGAUAGCAUUGGUACCUGCUUCCGGCACUUCCAGUUCCAGGCCUAUCAAGCAUCCCAAAAGUGUUCUUUUUCCGUAUGAUGAAUUUGUUAAAUUUUUUAACUGGGACAAACCGGGAUUUCCUCCUUGCGGAUUGUUGAAUUGUGGAAAUAGCUGCUUUGCUAAUGUGGUUCUCCAAUGUCUCUCAUUCACAAAGCCACUCGUUGCCUACUUGAUGGAAAAAGGCCACCGCCAAGAAUGCAGUUUUAAUGGUUGGUGCUUUCUAUGCGAGUUUCAAGCCCACCUUGAACGAGUAAGGCAAAGUUCACAGGCUUUUUCUCCAAUGCAUAUACUUUCUGGCUUGCAUAAUAUUGGUGGCGAUUUUGGUUAUGGAAGCCAAGAGGAUGCUCAUGAGUUCAUGAGGUUUGCCAUCGAUACAAUGCAAUCUGUUUGCCUUGAUGAAUUUGGGGGAGAAAGAGCUGUACCUUCUAACGUUCAAGAGACAACCCUAAUUCAGCACAUUUUUGGUGGUCACCUUCAAUCUCAGGUUAUUUGCACACAGUGUGAUAAGGUUUCGAAUCAGUAUGAAAAUAUGAUGGACUUAACAGUUGAAAUUCACGGUGAUGCUGCCUCCCUGGAGGAAUGUUUAGACCAGUUUACUGUCAAGGAGUGGCUUCAUGGGGAAAACAUGUAUAAAUGCGAUGGGUGUAAUGACUAUGUUAAGGCAUGGAAACGUCUAACAGUGAAAAGUGCUCCAAAUAUUCUCACAAUUGCCUUGAAAAGAUUUCAGAGUGGGAGAUUUGGAAAACUCAACAAGAGAAUAACCUUCCCCGAGACUUUAAACCUCAGUCCCUACAUGAGUGAAGCAGGAGAUGGAUCUGAUGUCUAUAAGCUAUAUGCUGUUGUAGUUCAUCUUGAUAUGCUGAAUGCCUCGUUUUUUGGUCAUUAUAUCUGCUACAUCAAGGGUUUUCGCGGAAAUUGGUAUAGGAUUGAUGACUGCAAAGUUGUGCGCGUAGAAUUGGAGGAGGUACUUUCUCAGGGAGCAUACAUGCUGUUAUACAGCAGGAUCAGUGCCCGGCCUUCUGGCCUUCAAACUAGUGAGUCUUUACGGAUGCCAGAAGAGCAAAGAGAUGAAGUGGAAGUGAAGCCUGGUUUAACUGAGCAACCAGAAAGCAUCUCAAGUAUGGAGACUGUGACUUGCAGUAGCAGUUCAAAGGUUUUGCCAUCAGAUAUUAGUUCAGAUUUGAAGGCUUCUGCCUCCGAUAAUGAUUCCUUGACUGGAAAGAAUUCUAUGGAUGUGGACACGGUUGAUGUUGAGUCAACUUCUGAUUUUGUUAGUGAUGCUUCUGGAAGUGCUGUUGAAUCACCGCAUGUGCUUGCUUCUCGAGCUGUCAAAGAUUUGGAGAGCAUAGAUACGGUCCAAACAAAUCCAUGUUCAUCUCCCUUAAGAGAGACUUCAGGCUGCAUCGAAGAGCAAGGUGACACUCAUACAGGCAAUUCUGAUCCUUCUCCAGGUUUGCCAAACGGCUUUUCUUGCUUUGAUAAGAAUUCUUAUUCUUUAACGGAUCAUCGAAACGGGGGAGACUCGGGGGGAUUGGAGGAUGUUAAAUUCAAAUCAAGCUAUGGGAAUGGAUAUUCCAGUGCAAGCGAGAACGGGAUCCCAGUUGAGGAGGGUGGUACGAAAUUUUCUGGCAUUAGUUCGUUACCCACUGAAACAUCCUCGGCUAAGAUGCAUCAGUUGAAGCGAGGAUCGCCGCUCUGCAGUUCUUAAACUGCAAAUAUCAGGAGGAAAUAAAUUAACAGUAACGUAGGUAUAGUUAAAUUUGUUAUUUGUUAAUAUCAUUUGAUCAUUAUCCCAUCAUCGGGAAGAGGUGGUGGGCUGGGAAAUUAUUUUUAUCUGGGGUUUCAUUAUUUGCAGGAACCUUGGAUCCUAUUGCAACAUUUUUAGAUGGACUCUCUAAUUUGAUUAUAGUGACAGUAUAGAACUCUUCAUGAUAUCCCCAACGUUCUGCCUCCUCUAAUUUUGCAAUAAGAAAGCUCGUUUCUUUUUCCCUGUUUUUGUUA